AUGAACACCGGCGGUGCACACGACUUGGACGCUGCUGGCAGCGGCUCGCCGGCCGCUGGGGCGCCGGCCCAGGGCCCCCGGCGCAGCCCCGGCCCGAAUCGGCCCGCGCACGCCCGCACCGCCCCCGGCGUCAACUUCGGCCUAGCCGCCCUGCUCAGGGACCUGGCCACCUUCUGCUACGACGACCCGCUUUUGUACCUGAACCUCCAGGUGGCGGGCGCCGCGGCGCUGCACGCGGCCGGUGGGCCUGGCGCGGAUGCGCGGGGCCUGGCGCCUCCGUGGCCCAUGCCCGGCGCGCUCCUCGGCCUGCCCGACGACGCCAUGGACUUGGACUCGAUGGCGCCGCCCGACCCGGCCGCGUACUUCCCCGCGCCGGACGGGCCCGGCGGUGCCUGGGACGGCGGCCCGGGCGGCGGCUGGGCAAGCGGGCUGCUGCCCCAGGGCGCUUGCUAUGGCGCCAGCAGCGCCGCUCCCCUGUUUGCCCCGGCCCCGUUCGCAGGCGGCCUGCUCUCCGCCGACGCGUUCUUUAGCCCGUCGUUUGCGAGCGGGGCCCCCGCGUUUGGCCAUGAGCAGGAGCCCGGCUUCACCCACGAGCCGGCGCUCUCGCUCGGCUCCACCGCCACCAGCCCGGGCGCCAGCCUGCUGGGCCAGCCCCGCCACGAGCCGCUGUGGGCGCCGUUUGCGCCGUCGCUACGUGUCCCGGACGCCGCGUCCGUGUACCACGCGGCGCUGGAGUUUGCGCUGUUCGAGUACUCGGGCCCGGACGAGUACGCCGACACCACGUUCCUCGACGACGACACCACCACGUACGCCACGCUGGCGUGCGGGCCCGCGGAGCCCCGGGACUCCGCCAGCCACCGCACGUCGGUCCUGGCCGCGGCCAACGAGUUGCUGCCCUUGACGACCACCACGUCCUUCACGCCGUCCGCGACGUCGCUACAUCUGACGCAGCCGUCGUUCUUCUCCGCGCAGCAGUUCUGGCGCACGCUGCUCGACCAGCCGCCGGCGCCGCUCGGCCGCGGCUCCACGGACUUCUACCUGCGCCGCCGGCUCAGCAUCGAGAGCACGGUCUCGGGUGCCAACGCGCCCGCGCGCAGCCAGCGCUCGCUCGCCAGCUACUUCCAUUUCCGUGACCGCGAGGGCAAGCUGCCCGUGCCGCGCGGCGACUCGCCCGAGUGGCCGCCGCCGCGCCACUCCAUCCGCAGCAUCUUCAAGACCGGCUCCGCGGGCCUCUCCGUGGCCGAGAACGACUCCCACCUCGGCCCGGAGCCCGCGCCGGCCCCAGACGACGUACCGCUCGCCGGCCCCGAGGGCCUUGCGCCCAAGAAGGGCCGCCGGUCCAAGCGGCACUUGUUCACGCGGUUCAAGCUGGCCAAGGGCUACGACGCGCCCGGGGCCAAGCAGGAGCCGGCAGACGGGUCCGUGGACAUGGGCUCCGACUCAGAGCCCAAGGAUGACUUCCGCGGCCCGUUGGCUGCGUUGCACCACACGGACUCGGCGGGCCUGCAGACCAGCGAGCCGAAUCAGCCGCCGGACUACGCGUCGUUGUUCUCCGGCGUGGGCAAGCGCCGCAACCUCGUCGGCAAGAAAAGCAAGAAGAACGCCGAUGCGGCCAUGAGGGCGGACGGCAGCAUCAAGGCGGAGAGCGCGGGCGAGAGCGUGGGCUUGGACUCGUGGGUCUCCAGCAACGAGCAGUCCGGGGACUGUUCCCUGGCGCGCAGCAUGCCCCGCUCGCUGCAUUCCUUCAACUCCCGCGAGUCCGGCUCGCAGGACCAGCCGCUGGCGUCCGCGCCGCUGGCCUUUGCCAACGCGUCCAAGCGCAUCCUUGGGUCCCGUCUCAUGAAGAAAAAGGCGGCCGUCAACAAGGGCGAACGCUCGUCAAGCGACGUGGUCGAGGUGGAUCUCCAGUCGCUAGAUCUCCCCGACAACACGGAGGUGUUGUCCAAGCCGCGUCUCCUCAGCAAGACGCGCGGGCGUAAGGAGGACCGUGAGGCCGAUAUGGUGGACCAGUCCAAGAUCUUCGUGUGCGGGUAUUGCGACCGCCGGUUCAAGCGCCAGGAACACUUGAAACGCCACUUCCGGUCCUUGCACACGACCGAGAAGCCCUACGACUGCCCCAUCUGCCAGAAGAAGUUCAGUCGUACCGACAACCUCAACCAACACUUGAAAAUACACAAGCAGGAGGAGGAGCAGGCGGCCGCCGCCGCCUUGCAUGCGGGGGAACACAUCGAAAAUUAAUAGAGAGACUGUUUUGUUAUAUAGAAUAUCAGAGGAAAAGGAUAUGCGGGAAACACAUCGAAAUGUAAUUGAGAGACUGUUUCUAUAUAGUACAAUACCAGAGAAGAAGGCUAUGCGGGGAAUAUAGAGACUGUUUUGUUAUGUACUAUGCUACUAAGCACUACAUGGUAAGUGGUAAGUGGUGAGUAAUGAACAAAAACUAGAGGGAAAUGGGAAAUACUAGCUACUUAAGGAUGAUAAGUGAAUGGUAAUACUAAAGGCGAAAUAUUCAGUUGGUGAUUGGUGAUACUAACACUCAGUACAAAUAGUAACGGUGAUACUCAACACUAAAGGCGAAAUACUAAUAGGAGAUGGAGGAUAUCCAACGAUAUUCCCUUUAUGCUAGUACUGAAUGCUGGAUGGCAAAUGGUGAAUAGUCAAUGUUGAAAGGUCAAUGGUC